AUGCAAAACGCAGAUAAGGCUGCGGCCGAGCAAUUCCGGAGCGACCGCGCCGCCGCCGCCGCCCCGAGCGCCGGCAAAUCCCCGCCCGCCGGCGCGCGCGAGUCCCACACACAAGGAUCGAGGGCGGGAGAGGCGCAGGGCGAGGGGGCCGAGACCGCGGGACAACAAAAUGGACGGGGGGGGGCGUGGCAGAUGGUAGAGAACGAGAGGUUGACGGCCAGAAUAAGGGAAAGGCGGGACAUGUUCGGAGAGGAUUGUGUAACGUGUGAGGGAGGAGGUGUGGUGUUACGAAAAAGAUUUGUGCAAAAGAGGAUAGGUGUGUGGGUAGUGAGAUAUAGUUGUGGGGGGAUGUGUUUGGGGAGAGAGGUGGGUUUAGUGAAAAGGGUAGCGUUAGAGGUGAUGUGGAAAGAGAGGAGGAAAGAGGGAGAGGUAGGUGGGAAAGACGGGAGAAGAGAAAUUAGGAUGGGGGAAGGGGAGGAAGAGGGAGAGGACAAUAAGUUGAUAGAGGCGAGGAGAGCUAGUUGCAAGUGCGGGCGCGGCCAUAGCGUGGAUGACGAAGAGGGCGAGGACAAAGCCAGGACGGUAACAGUGUGUUCCCUGCUGCCCGAGAACGCUCGGAAGAAACUCACUGCUACAGGAGAGUUAGACAUAGACGGCCGUUUACCUCCACUUGUGAAGUCGGUCUGGGGGCGCAGUGCAUUACACUAA